GCGGGGGCCGGGUGGCCGGGGUCCCGGGCCCCGCGGCGGCGGCGGCAGAGGCGGCGGCGGCGGCAGGAUGAUCAAGCUGUUCUCGCUGAAGCAGCAGAAGAAGGAGGAGGAGUCGGCGGGCGGCACCAAGGGCAGCAGCAAGAAGGCGUCGGCGGCGCAGCUGCGGAUUCAGAAGGACAUAAACGAGCUGAACUUGCCCAAGACGUGUGACAUCAGUUUCUCAGACCCAGACGACCUCCUCAAUUUCAAGCUGGUCAUCUGUCCUGAUGAGGGCUUCUACAAGAGCGGAAAGUUUGUAUUCAGUUUUAAGGUGGGCCAGGGUUACCCACAUGACCCCCCCAAGGUGAAGUGUGAGACGAUGGUCUAUCACCCCAACAUUGACCUCGAGGGCAACGUCUGCCUCAACAUCCUCAGAGAGGACUGGAAGCCAGUCCUUACGAUAAACUCCAUAAUUUAUGGCCUGCAGUAUCUUUUCUUGGAGCCCAACCCUGAGGACCCACUGAACAAGGAGGCCGCCGAGGUCCUGCAGAACAACCGGCGGCUGUUUGAGCAGAAUGUGCAGCGCUCCAUGCGAGGUGGCUACAUCGGCUCCACCUACUUCGAGCGCUGCCUGAAAUAGAGUCGGUGUAUACCUGCCCCCGCCAGGGCCACCAGUCCUGGCGUCCCCUGCAGAUAUUUAUUGGGGGGGCCACAGGUUGGGGGGCAGCUAGUGGGGGAAUCCCCUACCUUGGCCAUGCGUCCCCUCCCUGCCACCUGCCCUUAGUUAUUUUUUUUUAACCACCACAUGAUUAUGGUCGGCGCUGCCUCCCCCGACCCACUCAGCGAUGGGAAAUGAAUUGGCUUGUCUAGCCCCCUCCUCCACGCUGGGUGCUAUCCAGCCCCCCACUCUGGGCUGCGAGGUGGGUGGGCAAGGGGCCCCGGGUCGCUGGGUCCAGGCAACCCACCCCUCCACCACCAGAGGUCCCACCAGGCUAUUAAAGGGGAAUGUUACUGCA